UUCAGCCCAGGCCACCUACCCGAGCAGUUCGGAUCCCUUCACAGGCGUGCGAUGUUGCCACGUAUGAGGGGCGAGUAAGAGGGAAGUACACUCGCCCGAGUCCGCUUCAAGUGUUAUGUUCUCUUCGCUGCUGCCUCUUCAGAGCAUUUCAGCUGAGAAGAUCUCGUCUAGGGUUUCUCUUCUGCACACGAGUCGGUUGGAGUCGACUCAGUUUAGAGUUUUUGUUUUCUCUGUAACAUGACUCGGAUUGACUCGGCCCGAGUUUAGGGUUUUUUCCCUUUCAGUAACAUGACUUGGUUGGACUCGGCUCAGAUCUCUGCGGAGAAGAAGAAUGGCGAUCCAGCUUCCAUUUCCUCACUUCAGCUUUCCCACAGAGCUCUCUCCGAUGUUUCGUGCUUGAAAGAUUUCGCUAACUUGGAGAAACUCGAUAUCAGCUUUAACAAUCUCUCUACGCUCGAGGGAUUACGAUCAUGCAUCAAUUUAAAGUGGUUAUCUGUUGUACAAAACAAACUCCAAAGUCUAAGGGGCAUCGAAGAGCUUUCCAAGCUGACGGUAUUAAAUGCUGGCCGAAAUAAGCUUAGAUCAAUGGAUGAGGUCAUAUCUCUCAUAAGCUUGCGGGCGUUGAUUUUGAAUGAUAAUGAUAUUGCUUUCAUAUGUAACCUUGAUCGAUUGAAGCACUUGAACACUCUUGUUCUUUCUCGAAAUCCAAUUCAAGACAUCGGUGACUCUUUGGUGAAAAUGAAAUCGAUAACAAAACUUUCUCUCUCCAAUUGUCAACUUCAAGCCAUUGGUUCUUCCCUCACAAACUGUGUGGAUUUGAAGGAGGUCCGCCUUGCUCACAAUGAGAUCAUGACUCUUCCAACUGAGCUAGCUCACAAUGUCAAGAUCCAAAACUUGGACAUUGGAAACAACUUGAUACAAAAGUGGUCAGAUUUAAAGGUUCUUUCCUUUUUGCACAACCUGAAGAACUUGAAUUUACAAGGAAAUCCUAUUGCUGAAAAGGAGAAUUUGCCUACAAAGAUUGGAAAAGUGGUGCCGAAUUUGCAGAUAUUCAAUGGUAAGCCUACGGUAAGAGGCAGCAUGGAUGAGAAGAUCUCCAAGAAAGAAGUCUCAGCUGACAGCAAGGACGAUUAUUCUCACAAGAAUGCUGCUGAUCUUGAAGCAGUAAAGGAAGAAAAGAGAAGAAAGCCCAAAACCAGCAAAGGUUCCAAGAAAAACGCCUCCCUUCGGAGCAGCGAUGAUGAUGGUUCUCCACAUAAUGCAGCUGAACCCGAUAAGUUAAAGGUGGAAAAGGAUUCUAAGAGAAGGAAGCCCAAGAAAGUUGAAGAGAGCAAGCUUGAGGUAAUUGAUGAUGGGGAGACGCCUUUUAUGGAAAUCAUCUCUGGCAAUGUGAUGGGGAGCAGUGGGAAGAAGAGAGACCGUGAAGCUGUUCAGGAUAAAACAUCACUUACUGGGGUGGUUUCAGUCUAUUCUAAGAAGAAGAAUGCAGGCAUAGGGACGGGCCAUCCGGCACUUCAGUUCUUGGCGCUGACAUCGGAAGUGGGAAUGGGUGGGCCAUCAACAUGGGAUGAUGCUUAACAUCAAAAGCGAUCUAUGGCUUCUGUGCUUAAGGUACCAAAAGCCAAAAUCACUUCUCUUCCAUUCAUUUGGAUGGGUCUUCCAGGAUGAGCUGUUGGGGAUAUUAUGGCCCACUUGAGUGAUGUACAAUCAUGGAUAGAUGUGGCAUAAGUUCACCUGAGGUUUUGGAAUGGCUUGAUUUUUGGCAUCCCUUUAUACUGGUGGGGUGCACCUUAUCACUGGGUUGUGGCAUAUGAACAAUGCCGUGCACCCCAAAUUCCAUCUUGAAGUUUCUAUGAUGGCCAUCACCCUCCCCCGUGUCCUCUUAUUGGUCCCUUUGGUUUGUAGCCCACCUGAGUUACGGAGGAGGAUCGAGGCAUCUAAAGAAUGGUUUGGAUUCAACUCACACAUCAGAGUGGCCCCCAUGCAGCUUGAGCUUAUGGUAAUUACUAGUUCAAACAUAUGCGAACAUUCCUCUUCCAACAGUAUCAAAAUGUUUCUGGCUAGGCAUC